ACCGUGUGUCUGGAGGCGGAGCUGAGGAACAGCUGGACUGUUUUAAGUUUGCAUUCACUCCACACGGCGGGACACGAGAUCAGACAGAGACCCUGCAAAUCUCUCCUUUAGUGAUCAAGCCCGACAGCGAAGAGAAACUACAAAACGGAGAUACUCAAAAGUCGCGGAUUCUUCGUCGUUUGAGAAGUAACGCUACAGCUUAUUGCGGAUAGAUUGUAACGCGUCUUUCAUCGAUCCGCGGACUGUCUGUGGAUUUUACAAAGGUGACGGAGACUCGUCUGCAGGACCAUCAACGAGGGGAAGGUGAGAUACGGUCGCAAUCUUUUUGAUACACGUAUAUGAUGUAUAAAAUGAGUGGCUGUGAAGAGAGUAUAAAUGCACAUUGAUGAGCAGAGGGACGCGGGCUGGAGAAGGAGAAAGAAGCGGACGCUGUAGAGGAUCAAGUGUCGGAGAUGUCUCUGUGGAUGAUCUUACCCGUCAGCCUCCCAGCUCUCACCAUCACUGGAAUAUGGGUCGUGUAUGCCAUGGCCUUAUACAAUCAGCACGUCUGUCCUGUGGACAACUGGAUGUAUAACCAGACGUGUGAGGUGGAUCUGCCCUUCCAGAGGGGACCAAUCCAAUGCUGUACUCUGGACAACAUUCCACUCAUAAGUAAAUGUGGGACUCUUCCUCCAGAGAGCUGCUUCUUCAGUCUCAUCUGUAGCACCGGAUCCUUUAUGGUGAUGGUUAUUGUGUUGCUGCGUUAUGCCCAUGUGAUAGAGAAGCACCAAAACUGUGUAUUAAACACAGCGAGUCUCUCCACCGGCUGGAUCUGUGCUGCAGGACUCAUCAUGGUGGGAAACUUUCAGGUGGAUAAUGCGAAGGUUCUUCACUAUGUCGGAGCAGGUGUGGCCUUCCCCACCAGCAUGCUGUUUGUCUGUCUGCAGUCUGCGCUCACCUACCGCCUGGCCAAGACCCAGGGAGAUUACAAUAUGGGUCACCUGCGCCUGUUAAUGACCCUGCUGGCCUUUGUAGCCCUGGUGCUUAGUGGAGUGUUUUUCGUUCAGGAGAGUUUCGUCCUGCAACACACAUCAGCCAUUUUCGAGUGGGUCUUCUGUAUGAUAAUCAUGCUGUUCUUCGGCACGUUCGCCUUUGAAUUCGCCGGGAUAUCCGGUGACACAAUGAUGGUGCUGGCCCGCAGACAGUCCCUACAGACCCGAGACCACAAAAUAGAGUCACUUAGCGUAGCCAAUCAGCUCCAGCCUGAGAGCUUGUCCAUACUUUAACCUCAGUGCCCUACAAUAGGUCUCUCUCUCUCUCUCUGAAUGCCAGAAAAACUGCAGAAGGAAAGAAACACAAACUGGACCCUGGAUCUCAGACAUCCAUCUUACAUUUACCAAAGAAUCCAGCUCAGAUUUUGCACAUUUUUGAGAGACCAAGUCUACGCCACCUGUGCCGUGUCUGGGGACUUUUGAAUCCAGCAUCUUCCAUGCUGAGAAACUGCACUUGGACGCGUGUUGGAGUUUUGUUUGAUCUCAUCAGGAUUUUGAAAUCCUAUCCAUGUAACAGACUGCAAGUUGAUGAAGCUGGAAGGUCAAGACUGAAUCAGUGAUGUAGUGAACUAAACCAAAGCCUUCUACACUCAAGCAUUUUAACAUUAAAAAAAAAUGUUCUCGUGCCCAUUCCAGACAUUGCAAGACAAUGAAUCGAAAAUGCUGAUCUUCUUUGCCUUUUGUUUUUUUAAGGCGAGAGAUAUAAAAAAGCAUCUCUGACCUACUAGUUGACCCAUCAAGGUGUUUUAUUUUUCUUGUAUAGCAUUAUGCCGUCUAGUGUUUUCGGUUCAGGAGAUUCUCAAUACCAGCGUGCCUUACAAUGAAGAACCAAAUACAGCUUUUUAUAGACGUCAAUAGCCUUUGAACAGGCAUGUAUUUUAUCAUAUGCAGCAAAUAAUAAAACAGCCGAGCUGAAUGAGAUCAGCAGAAACCUCACGCAAAACAGACGCAUAAGCUGAUCACAUUAGGUCGCCACUAAUUGGUGCCAUUCCAGAAUGAAUGUUAGAAGGAUUGCUGGACAUUGUGACCAAAUGUAAUUGAGAAGAGAAGAUUGUUGUUUUGUCCCGAGGUAAAUGUCAUUAUGGAGGUCUCUGUCACUGUGGGAGGGAUCAGAGACUUAAAAGCCCUUUUAUAGAUUGUCUCCCCCUGGUGGCUAGUUUGACACGUGUUCACAGGUCUAGGACUGAACUUUUUUGUUUCUUACAAAGUGAUAAUGCAGCAGGCCUGCAGUGUCAUAAUGUUUAUGAAAAGGAAGCUUGUUACACACUAGUCACACUGCCCAUGUGGCAUUAAAAAAGAAAUGUUCCCUAGUCAUUAUCAAGAGAGUUUGUGUCAUUCAAACUGUCAGAAUACAUUUGUAUUAACUUUCCACGUCACCAUCUGAUGCUACCAGUGCUCUUUUGAAAACACAUUUCAGUUGACCAGUUAUAUAUAUCUCUGCACUCAGGAAUGUCAGAUCUUGUCAGAACAUUUACAGUCAUUUUCUUUCUUGCUCAAGCAGAGUGAAAGUUUUACGAUUUACGGUUCAUUCCUACUGCAGACAGAUUUAUAACAAUCAAACGCAUGGCGCGUAUAAAUAUCUGAAGAACCUACUGUUGUCUCUGUUAAAGUCCUUUGCCAAACUCCAUGCAUCAGUUUAAGAUUACAUUCCAGAUAGCAAAAGUGCCUUUGACUCAAUAAAUCCAAAGAUCUGAGAUUAGAGGAAUGUUUUGUUUAUUUGAUUGUACUGUAUAUUUGCCUUAACUGAAAUGUAUGGAAAUAAAGAAUGAGACAUUACUCUAUACCUUUAGUUUCUUUUUUUCCUGUGGAUAAGCGAUUUACUUUAGUUAAAGAAAUAGUUCAACCAAAAACUAACAUUCUGUUUAGGGGUCAGGAGGAACUGUUCUUUUAAAGCUUCUUGCAUCACAUGUUAAAUUUCACAUGUCAUUUAGACAUUUUUUCAUGGCAGGUAGUUCCCGUUAGUCACUAUGGACUUUAGCGUUUAUCCAUACACAAAUACAAUGAAGCUGGGUUUUCUUGUUUGCUUUACCAGAUAGUUGGCUGUGUUGAGUGGCGUGACUUGCAAAGUCACCUCAGUCAGCAACAUAUACAGCCACGAAAACAUUUAAGAGACCAUUUUAAAACGAUUUAAAAUGAUUUUCUAUUUAUAGCUAUGUGUUUAGGCAAAAUUAUCAUUUUUGUUUCGUUCUGUGAACUGCUAACAACAU